AAACUAUAUCAGAGAAAUCAUCUUCACAUUUAUCAAAUUCGGAUAAAAUGAUCAAGAGCAGCAGUAAAUUAUUCAAAAAACUUAAGCCCUUAAAAUGUCAAAAACGUCGUUUAGUUUUUACUCCCCGAAAUUUGGAAACAAACUCAACACAACUGCUGGCAGCAGAUAGUGAUGUUAACAAAAAUCUUCUAAAUCAAAAACAGUCUAUGUUUGUUUCAAAAUCAUGGGCAAAUACUAGUAUAGAAACUCAAACGGAAAAUUUUCCUUGUUUAGGGCAUUGUUCGUAUAUGCCCAGACAUUUUAGUACACCAAGUGGUUCCAUCAAUUAUAUACCCAUAGAGGGCGCUAGAAAGAUUUUAAAUGAAUCACAGCGAAAAUUUUACUCCACGAUGGCCAAAGCACAACCACCAUUCAAACCUUUGGAGAUUUAUACAAAAUAUAAUCUAAAUUUACGGAAGUAUUCUGAAUUGCGCAACAUUGCAUCGGCUGUUACCUUUAUAACAGUGGUAUCUUGGUUGUUUUCUAAAAUUUUUGAUAUUGAAUGCUUUUGGGAUUAUUUAAAUAGUUUGUGGCAAUAUCUUUGCAAUUGGUUUUUCACGAAAGAGAAACCAAAAACAAAGUUAGAAAUAUUGGUAUCAUUUUUACAGGACUUGUGGUCCUAAAAAUUUAAAUUUUAUUUUUUAU